AUGAGGAGUCUUCGAUCUGUUAUCACGCAGGCAACGCGCGGAGGGAGAUGUGUUGUGUCUCGCCCUAACUUCUGUUAUGGCAAAGAGACAAAGGGAGCAGCGGAGAGAAUUGGCUGGGAACAGGUGAAAAACAUUCUUCCUUCCUGCGGAUAUUUAACUACUGGUUAUCUGGCCUACUGUGCUUGGGAAUGUGCCGAGACAGUGAUGAUUCUUCGACAGGCACAAGGGAGUGCAAUGGCGCCUUCAGAAUCUGAAGAUGAUUAG